UAUGAACUUUAUAUACUUCUAACCUUGCUAACAUUAAAUUAACACACAUCAAUGGCAUGUGGAUGAUUAUCUAAUCAUGCAGAGAGAGAGAGAGAGAGCUAUUUCUACAAAGGAUGCCUGUAGACAUUGUUCUUCUUGUUGUGGGAAAUUGGAAUCAUCAUGAAUGCUUGUUGAUAGAUUAGGCUUACAAUGUUAUGUUGAGCUAUGUUUAGGGGUUCAUAUCAGUGACUGCAAAGACCUCACUUCUUUGUCUGUAGAAAUAGGGUCAUGGAAGAACUUGUCCUCUCUCAAAAUGCUCUCUAUCCGAGGCUGUUCAAAGCUUGGGUCACUGACAGAUGAAGGACUGCCAACAGCUAUUGACGGUCUGUCCUUUACUGAGGAUGGGCUACCUACCUCUCUCGGCCAAAGAUCAUGCAUGUUAGAGACCAGGUAUUUGAUUCAAUCAAGUUACCUUCAGCUGCUGAUUUGCAAAAGAAGAAGUCAUAGAUUCCUCUAUUAUUUUGAGUAAAGGGCUGUAAAGUUAAUGGCAAUUCAAGGAAUUGCUUUCAAGAUUCAAGGAUGCAACAAUAAACCAUACUUGUCCGAAGGCAACAGAAGGAUAGAUAGGAUUUCAAAUCAAGGUCAUGAAUCAUGAUCAACAACUGCCAUUCUGCCAAUGAUGAGAACAAAUUUCUUUAUCAGCUAGCAUUUCACAUGGAGGAAAAACAUUAUUGGUAAAACUCUUCCAAAGUGAGUUUCAAUGUAAUAUGUACAUAAAUGUUUUAAAUAAAAUAAUCAUACAAAGUUAGCAUGCAAUUAUUCCUACAACAGUCUGAUGGAGAUAAGGAGGAGAGAGGCUCCAGAAAAAUGCACUUCAAAAGAACUUAGCUUUCAUGAAGUUCUCUGGGGUGAAGCUCAUGAAUUCUUACCACAUAGAUUCUCAUGGCAAUUUUCUCCCAUGCUCAAAGAGUGAAAACAGCAU